CGCUCGUGGUGGCACUUGUGACGUCAUUCCCCUUCAGAAUCACGCGCGGACUCGGGGAAGCUCUCGCAUACGCCGGUUGCGUCGCCGCCUACGGAUCGAUCGAUCGAGCGCACCCGCGCCUCCCGCCCGCCGAUCCCCGCCAAUCGCAGGAGUUGCGAGGCUGCGUCCGUUCCUUGUUUCCGCCGUUUUUCCCAAGCGGCUGUUAGGCCUAGCGUUGUCACCGUUGUGGUGUUGUCUGUAUGCCCAUGGAACAGACAGGCAAGCGCUCAGGCGACACAUCCAAGAACAAACGGACCCACAAGGACGGCACCCCCGCCGAACCCGAAGAAUUCAUCGUCGAAAAGAUCAUCGACCGCCGGGUGCGUCAGGGCAAGGUCGAGUACUACCUCAAGUGGAAAGGUUACACCGAAAGCGACAACACCUGGGAGCCCGAAGAGAAUCUGGACUGCCCGGGCCUCAUCGCCGAGUUCGAGGAAAAACGCAAGAAGAACGCGGACGCGCAGAAGAUGAAAGACGACGCCGAGGCGCCCAGCCGCAAGAAGAAGCGCCAGGAUGCUGACUCCAAGCCACGUGGUUUCGACCGCGGCUUGGACCCCGAUCGCAUCAUCGGCGCCACCGACUCGUCCGGCGAGCUCAUGUUCCUGAUCAAGUGGAAGGACUGCGACGAAGCCGACAUCGUGCCCGCGCGCAUCGCCAACGUACGCUGCCCGCAAGUCGUCAUACGGUUUUACGAAGAACGCUUGACCUGGGACGCUUGCGGCAGCCGCGAAGACGAAGCGGAGAAAACUGCCGCGGCCAAAAGUUAAAAGACCAAAAAAAGAAAGCAUUCCCCGAUGUUGAACCAGCAGCCUCCCACCACCCCCGUUCAUCCAAGACCCAAACGAACCUGGAUAUUUGUUUCACAGAAACGUUUUUUUUUUUUCGCCGCCAUUGCGUGGUCGUGUGUUGUUUUUUUUGUACGGGUUGGUCUUCAUUAUGUUUCCGUGUGCAGCUUGUGUCAGUAACUUCAUGUAUGUUUCAUGGCUGCUGCCCUCUUUUCUUUUUAUGCUACUAUAUCGCGAAGUCGUUCGGUUUUGUCGACAUUUUUUUUAUAUUGAAACUUGCGGGUUUUCUUUUUCUUUUAAUGGUCGGCCGCGUUGGAAAAAGAUUACUUUUUUUUUUUUAAUUAGCUUUUCUUUUUAUUUUUCGCGUUCCUGUUACCCUUGUUUCUUAAGCGAGUUUCUACGGAUAUUAAAGGGGUGAAUGACCCGUACUUAGAAUUGUUUGUUUUCUCGGAUUGUUUUGUUGAUAUAAAGACCGGUCGUGGGUUCGUAUUGACUUAAAAAAGUCGUGGACUCGCUUCAAGAAGUGUGUCAACGAGCUCGGCUCUCCAACGCUCUGUAAUAACAAUCCGGUUCUUUGCUACGGCGGCGCGGUAUUGGGUGGGAGGUUGCAUCAUUUUAUCAUGAGAAAUUCGUGAAGUAAUCCCAUUGUACAUAGAAAACGGCGUUUUUUUUUUGUUUGUUUUUUUAGUGUACGCGUAGUUUGCUCCGGGCACGUGCUUGUUCCAACAACAAAUGUUCCUGUAUUCGAGUAAGAAGACAUGUUUAAUCGUAUAGGUUGAAAGUUUUCAAACAAUGGGUUCUUUUUGCCAGUGUGUUUGCGUGCAACUAAGCUCCUGAAAGCUGCAGGGCAAGUUUUUUAGCACGUGAUGUGAUGCAAGUAGAUUGGAAUGUUGGUUUAAGGUUUUUCACCAUGCAACCAUUUUCUUUUGCUGUUUAUUUUUUUUUCCUUUAUAUUGUCUGCAGUUUCAGUGCUGCACAAAUAAAACUUAAUUGCUAUACAUUC